AAUUAAUACAAACGAAAAUAUAAAAACAACUCCACUUGCAUCUAAAAUUUGCGUCUAAACGACACUCAAUUUGUUUUACGUUGGCACCACUGAUUUCGCGAUUGUCAGUCAUAACAAAACUACAGAUUUUUGGCAAAAAUAGCUAAUACGUUACGAUGUUAACAACAGCAAGGACGUUAGGAACAUGUCUGAGACGGGCUUUGGGGGUUCGCUGUCUGCAGACAGCCCCCGCUCUGCAACACGAAGCCGUGUUCAACCACAGGGACACCCCCGAAGACAACCCCGAUAUCCCCUUCGAUUUCACUCCCGAAAACCACAAGAGGGCUGAAGCCAUCCUCGCCAUCUACCCCGAGGGGCACAAAAGAGCCGCCAUGAUCCCUUUGUUGGAUUUGGCGCAAAGACAACACGGGUGGCUUCCCAUUUCGGCCAUGCACAAGGUGGCCGAAAUUUUGGAUUUGCCCAGAAUGAGGGUAUACGAAGUGGCCACUUUUUAUACGAUGUUUAUGAGGAAACCGACGGGGAAGUACCACCUGCAAGUUUGUACCACGACGCCGUGUUGGUUGAGGGGUUCCGACGAGAUUUUGGAAACGUGCAAGGCUAAAUUGAAUUUGGAGGUGGGGGAGACAUCCAGUGACGGGAUGUUUACUAUUUCAGAGGUGGAGUGUCUGGGGGCGUGUGUGAACGCCCCCAUGAUACAGGUUAACGACGAUUAUUACGAGGAUUUGACGGUCCAAGACACCGAACAGAUCCUCAACGACUUGAAAAACAACAAGAAACCAAAACCAGGCCCUAGGAACGGCCGUUUCGCCGCAGAGCCCAUCGGCGAGCCCACCAGCCUCGCAGGGGAGCCCCCCGGCCCCGGCUUCGGGGUCCGCGCAGAUCUAUAACUUAAAACCCACUAAAUUGUGAUUUUCAAUAAAUAAUAAUUAGUCC